CCAAGUCCACCACGAUGCUCCCCAAGCGCUUCCCGACCCUCGUGGCCCGCGCGGCCCGCCAGAACGCGCGUUCCAUCGCUCGUCGCCAGUCCCGUUCGUUGCUGGCGCUGACGCAGGCGCGUCCCAUGGCUGCUGCCCCUCGUGGCCUGCAGAGCGUUGCGUUUCCGUCGCUGUAUCCCAGCACUGCUGCCGCCUUCAGCACGCAGGGUGGUGGCCGCGUGGUGGCCGUAGGCGACCGCGUGUCGCUGCACAUGGAGGGCACGCUGUCGGGCGGCGAGUCCCUACCCACGACCAAGGAGGGCGCCCCGCUCAAGUUCAUCGUGGGCAGCGGCCAGGUGCUCCCCGGCGUGGAGGACGCCGUGCAGGGCAUGGCCAAGGGCGAGUCCAAGACGGUGGAGAUCGAACCGGCCCAGGCUUUCGGCGCCGAGAAGCAGAUCCUGUCGGUGCCGCUCAAGGAGAUGAACCUGCCCGAGAAGGAGCGCGAGAUGCUCGCCGUUGGACAGGUGCUGGAGCUGGCGGGCGGUGAGCGUGCCGUUAUUGUCAAGCUGACUGAGGACACCAUGGACAUCGACCUGGCGCACCCGUACGCCGGCCAGUCGCUGAAUGUGACGCUGGAGGUGGUGGACCACGAGCUGCACUCCGAGCUGCACGUGGAGGAGCGCCUUGUCCUGCCCGAGGUGAUCGAGGAGGGCGACAACGUCACGUUCCCCAACCGCGGAGACACCAUGGUCAUGCACUACACUGGCAAGCUCGCUGCGGACGGCAAGGUGUUCGACUCGUCGCGCGACCGCGGCCAGCCGUUCCAGUUCCAGAUCGACGUCGGCCAGGUCAUACGCGGCUGGGAUGAGGGCGUCAUGCGCAUGAGCAAGGGUAUGAAGGCGACGCUCAACAUCCCGUCGACCAAGGGCUACGGCAAGGCCGGCGCUGGUGGCGUCAUCCCCCCUGAUGCCGACCUGGUGUUCGAGGUCGAGCUGCUGGACAUCGUGCGCCGCUAAGCUGCACACAGGGUAAAUAGUGCUGAUGCUGUACGCCCCAUGUUUGGACCCCAGUGAGAGUAAUAUCUUCGAAGCAUGUUCAUAUUUCCC